GGAGGAGAAGCUGCCCUUCUGGAGGCAGGAAGCGGUGAGUGCGGAGCGGAGCCGCCGGGGGCUGCAGACGGAAUACCCGGGGAGUAAAGUGCUGCUGCCGCUGGGGUAUUGUACACAGCGCUGUACUGCUUAUUACCAUAUCAUGUGCAUUACUAUUACGGGAUCUACUUGGAAGAUGGGACAUCGGUGUGGCGAGAGCCUCGUAUCUGAUGAAGGACGGAAGAUUGUAGUAUCUGAAGUGAAGUAGAUUGUUCUGCGAUCAUCAUGGCAUUCCAAAGGGCGGAGGGCAUGUCCAUUAUCCAGGCUUUGGCUAUGACCGUGGCAGAGAUACCCGUGUUCUUGUACACAACCUUUGGACAGAACACGUUCUCCCAGCUCAGGUUGUCACCAGGGCUCCGCAAAGUCCUAUUUGCCACUGCGCUGGGCACUGUGGCCUUAGCUCUCGCUGCUCACCAGCUGAAAAGACGGAAACACAAGAAAAAACAGAUAACGGCAGGUGGUGAAAACCUGAAGCCAGGAGUGGUCCCUCCUGUUACGUUACCCGUAAGACGCUCCUCUUGUGUAAAGAAAGGACACUCUCGCAGGGUGCAAAGUCCUAGCGGCAAAAGCAAUGACACACUCAGUGGCAUCUCAUCUAUCGAGCCAAGCAAGCAUUCCAGCAAGCACUCGAGCUCCACUCACAGUCUGGCAUCGGUAGUGGCAGUCAACUCUUCUAGCGCAAAUCCUGCUUCUCUGGCACCGUGGGAGUCCCGAGAGAUGGAUGAGCAGCUGACUGAUGACUCCAAUGCAGAAAAUCUGUACGUUCAAGGAAUGGAGCUUUUUGAAGAGGCUCUGCAUAAGUGGGAGCGGGCUCUGAAUAUCGGGCAGAGGUGCAGCUCCAGUACACCAACCGCUCCGAAUAGCGAAAUCCACGACGAGACGUCUACAAGCAUACUGGAGACGUCCCAGAGCAAAGACUUUGCAGACAAGUUAGAGACCUUGCUGAGCCGUGCCUACAAUUUGCAGGAAGAAUUUGGAACAAGCAUUCCUCCUGAUGCCAUGCUGAUGGAUCUGGAAGGAGCCCUGAUGCUCCCGCUCCUGGAGGGCAGAAGGCAGCUGCAAAUGGACGAUGAACUAAGCACCAUAUCCGAUGAGUCCUUCUUCUCGGCAGCAGAGCUUUUCGAGUCUAUACAGUUGAAUGAAGGCCCAUUCAUACCAGCCAAGCCUGCAGCAGCCUAUGAAGAGGCAAUGAAGCUGGUUAAAUGCGGGGAUGUAACCUGCCGGACGGUGAGGACCGAGCUCUUGGAAUGCUACAACGACCAGGACUUCCUGGCGAAACUCCACUGCGUCCGUCAAGCUUUCAAGCUGUUACUCCAGGAUAAAGGGAAUCGGCUUUUUUUUGGUGAAGUCGGAAAGCAGAUGGUGACGGGACUUAUGGUGAAAGCAGAGAAGAACCCCAAGGGAUUCAUUGAGAACUAUCAAGAGAUGCUGCUGUACGCGUCAAAGGAGGAGACGUGGCCCACCACACAGAAGGAACUUGAAGGACGUGGGGUGGUCUGUAUGAAUUUCUUUGACAUUGCACUGGAUUUUAUCCUAAUGGAUGCCUUUGAGGAUCUCGAAAACCCUCCCAGCUCGGUGAUUGCUGUACUGCGGAACCGCUGGUUGUCUGACAGCUUCAAGGAGACAGCCUUGGCGACAGCUUGCUGGUCAGUUUUGAAAGCAAAAAGGAGACUACUCAUGGUCCCAGAUGGUUUCAUAUCACAUUUUUACUCCGUAUCGGAGCAUGUCAGCCCCAUAUUGGCAUAUGGAUUUCUUGGUCCAAAAGAAAAUUUAACAGAAAUAUGCAAUUUCUUUAAGCAUCAGAUAGUGCAGUAUUUAAAGGACAUGUUUGACUUGGAUAAAGUGAGAUACACUACAGUCCAAUCACUGGCGGAAGAUAUCCUGCAUCUUUCUCGCAGGCGGAGCGACAUCCUCCUGGGAUAUCUGGGGAUAGACUCUGUACGGGAGGAAAUGAACGGCAAUGUCCAUGUUGGAAACAGAACAGAAGAAGAACUUCACCUCUGACUGCAGUGAUGAAAAUUCAGAAUGUAUUCGCACUGACGCUUCAGGACCCUUCCAGGCCUAAGGCCUGUUUUAAGACAGCAGUAAAUGCAGCUGCAUUUUUAAUGUCUGUAUUACCGCCAUCAGGACUGGAUCCCCCCCCCCCCCCCCCCCCCCCCUGCGAUUCCUCUGAACCAAACUCUGAUCACCUAUGAUGAUGUAAGUUUGAUUUAGCGGAACCACCGGAGAUGUUUCAGUUUUGUAGCCACUCUAAACUAACCUAAAUCUGUAGGCUGAAGCUGCUGCACGUGGUCACCAUCCCGUGGCUCCAUUCUGUAGGGGCACGGGUUGCAGAUCUCCUUGAAUGAUGCCCAGACUUGAAACUGUGAGGACGAAACGUGAGGUUUUAGUGGCAUUGUUAUUCGAUUUAUUUUUUUAAAUUAUGCGCAGAAUUCGACAUCUACUGAAAUCCUUCGUCUGAACGUUGAAACUCUAAUAUAUCAUUUCUAUUAUGGGCAGUUUUUAAAGGAAA